CUCAGAGGCACUGGGAGCUCCCGGCACCAUGGAUGACGCUGCUGUCCUUAAGAGGAGAGGCUACAUCAUGGGGAUAAAUUUGGGAGAGGGCUCCUACGCCAAAGUCAAGUCUGCCUACUCCGAGCGCCUCAAGUUCAACGUGGCGGUCAAGAUCAUCGACCGCAAGAAAGCCCCCACGGACUUUCUGGAGAAAUUCCUACCCCGGGAAAUCGAGAUUCUGGCCAUGCUGAACCACCGCUCCAUCGUCAAGACCUACGAGAUCUUCGAGACGUCGGACGGCAAGGUCUACAUCGUCAUGGAGCUCGGGGUCCAGGGCGACCUCCUCGAGUUCAUCAAAACCCGGGGGGCCCUGCACGAGGACGACGCUCGCAAGAAGUUCCACCAGCUCUCCUCGGCCAUCAAGUACUGCCACGACCUGGACGUCGUCCACCGGGACCUCAAGUGCGAGAACCUCCUCCUCGACAAGGACUUCAACAUCAAGCUGUCCGACUUCGGCUUCUCCAAGCGCUGCCUGCGGGACGACAGCGGGCGCAUCAUCCUCAGUAAGACCUUCUGCGGGUCGGCGGCAUACGCAGCCCCCGAGGUGCUGCAGGGCAUCCCCUACCAGCCCAAGGUCUACGACAUCUGGAGCCUGGGCGUCAUCCUCUAUAUCAUGGUGUGCGGCUCCAUGCCCUACGACGACUCCAACAUCAAGAAGAUGCUGCGCAUCCAGAAGGAGCACCGGGUCAACUUCCCGCGCUCCAAGCACCUGACCGGGGAGUGCAAGGACCUCAUCUACCGCAUGCUCCAGCCCGACGUCAACCGGCGCCUGCACAUCGAUGAGAUCCUCAGCCACUGCUGGGUGCAGCCCAAGGCUCGGGGGAUGUCCUCUGUAGCCAUCAACAAGGAAGGGGAGAGCUCCCGGGGCUCUGAUCCUAUGUGGACCUCCGAUCCCACCUCUGACAAGAAGUCGGCCACGCAGCUGGAGCCUCGGGAGGAGUCGCGGGCCGAGGCCCGGCCAGAUACGAAACCCGAGGAGGACGUGGCGCAGGUGCCCAGGCAGUCGGAGCCGCAGGGCUUCACCAGCGAGCAGCCGGCCAGGGACCCAGAGGAAGCGCCGCCUCCUCCACAGCCACCAGAGACGCACACCUAGUGAGCCUCCCGCAGCCCAGGGGGCCAGCAGGGAAUGAAGCCGAGCUCGCAGCCUGAGCUCCAGAGAAGGCGUGAGCCGGAGAAGGAAGACAGCCCCGCCACGAGCCGCUAUUUUCGUCAGAGUCUUCUCCCUCCCUUUUGAACUUGGUGU